AAAAAAAGCCAGGAAUCACCCGUUUCUUGAUAAACAAUGAUUGCUCUUCUUUCCGUCGCUGGUCUUUGCUUGCUGGGUCUAAUCGCGACGAGAUAACGAAUCUGAUUUGAAAGUCCUCCUUUUGUUUAGAUUAGAUCCAUGGAGCUCAGCGCUUGACAGACCUUACCCUCGUAAGAGACAGAUCCCGAUGCGUUAGUGGAAUGAUCGCGUGAAGUUGCGGUCUUAGCACCUUGUUCCCGUCGGAGUUCUUGUAGGAACGAGAGCUUUGGGGCUGCGUAGGGUUGGGAAGUCGACGAGUUGCGUCUGCUCGGAGCAAGACCGAGCGGGAUCCGAUGAUGGGUCGAAGCAAGAUUGACUUCGUUCUUUGAACUUGCUUCGAAGACCGCAUAAAGAGCAAAUGGCAACACCAGUUGAGCCACCAAAUGGGGUUUAUUCCAAGGGAAAGCACUAUUACUCGAUGUGGCAGACCUUGUUUGAGAUUGACACAAAGUACGUGCCCAUCAAGCCCAUUGGCCGAGGAGCCUAUGGCAUUGUUUGCUCUUCUGUGAACAGAGAAACCAAUGAGAAGGUGGCGAUAAAGAAGAUACACAAUGCCUUCGAGAAUAGGGUUGAUGCGCUAAGAACUUUGCGCGAGAUAAAGCUUCUCAGGCAUCUUCGGCAUGAGAAUGUCAUCGCUCUGAAUGACGUCAUGAUGCCUAUCCAAAGGAACAGUUUCAAAGAUGUCUAUCUGGUGUAUGAGCUCAUGGACACAGAUCUGCACCAGAUUAUCAAAUCCUCUCAGACACUUACGAAUGACCACUGCCAAUAUUUCCUCUUCCAGUUGCUCCGAGGCUUGAAGUACCUACAUUCAGCGAACAUUCUCCACCGAGACUUGAAGCCCGGGAACCUUCUCAUCAAUGCAAACUGUGACCUCAAGAUCUGCGAUUUCGGGCUGGCACGAACUAGCAAUGGGAAGGGACAGUUCAUGACUGAAUAUGUGGUCACUCGCUGGUACCGGGCCCCGGAACUUCUUCUGUGCUGCGACAACUACGGGACAUCCAUCGAUGUGUGGUCUGUCGGAUGUAUCUUUGCCGAGCUUCUCGGUCGCAAGCCAUUAUUCCCUGGUACCGAGUGCCUUAACCAACUCAAACUGAUCAUCAAUGUACUCGGCAGCCAAAGAGAGGAGGAUAUCGAAUUUAUCGACAACCCAAAGGCAAGAAAGUUUAUAAAGUCUCUCCCGCAUUCCCCUGGGACUGCAUUAUCCCGUCUUUACCCUAAUGCAGAUCCUCUGGCUAUUGAUCUCCUGCAAAAGAUGCUCAUUUUCGACCCAUCGAAGCGCAUCGGUGUCACUGAGGCUCUCCAACACCCGUACAUGUCGCCGCUGUAUGAUCCGAACUCUAAUCCUCCUGCACAUGUUCCCAUCGACUUAGAUGUCGAUGAAGAUCUGGAGGAAGAGAUGAUAAGGGAGAUGAUGUGGAAGGAAAUGCUCCAUUACCAUCCAGAAGUCGCUGUUGGCAAUCUAGAGUUGUACUCUUAAGCAUUCUUCAGUUGUGUUACCUUGCCCGCUCUUUGUUAAGGUACUUCAUCACGAUGCUGCUGUACUUCAUUACGAUGGUUCUGUAGUUUCUUUUAACAUAUAGGCUAGCUUUUCCUCUUUUUCCGGAGAGGGUUUAAAAUAAUUUGCAGGAAUCAUGCAUAAGAAGUUCUUAUCGUAAAAAUGCAUGAUUGAGCAAGUGUCAUCUUUGUUCUUCACUAUGUCCGGUUGAGAAUCAUGUACUAGGUUUCCUAUCUAACCUGUAAAUAGCCUUAUUUCUAUGAGACUUCAGACUUGUUGUAAAAUUAUAUGAGAUGGUUGAGGAUGCUUUUAUAACAUCCAGGUUGGACGUAAUAAGAGUACUUUUAAAGCUGUAA